AUGAAGGGAGUCAGCGGUGUAGCAUUGGAGCCUCGAGCUUUGGGGAGCAACUCCCUGCGGGCCCUCUGCAAAGAACUGGAGGGCUUGUCCGAGGAGAAGGCUAUGGAGCUGGUUGUAGCUCCCGGAGUGCCCUUGGUCGUUGAGCUGUCUGAAAGUUUGGAGUUCGUCCAGAAGUACUAUCUGAUGGACGACAGCAUCGUUAAGGAGCGUCUGGACCAGGCUGAGAACAACGAAGACUGA